CAUUACGUUUGGUCGAUACGCGCCGUCGGCCGUCGGCGUGUAAACGCAAUAAAUACGGGUACGAUGACGGAGAGGGUAUUUGCCAUGGCCACCUGAAGCAAAAAGUACUCGUGUUCUCGUGCUGAUGACUAAGCGGCGUUCCUCGUCAGUGAGAGACAAGUGGAUCCAAGAGUCAACUCGUCUGUUGAGUUCCACGUACCGGAGAAGAAGGAGUAGACAGAGGAAGUGGACGAAGACUAAAGCGAGUUGUGAUUUCACGCUUCUCGAUAGAGGCAUCACGAGGGUGUCGUGCGAAAGGUCAACCCCGGCGACUUGAUCGUCGCGUGUGUGUGCGUGUGUGCGUGUGAUAUGCCGGCGCCCCACCCCCCAGUGCACAACAGCGCUGUUCACCCUUUGAAAUUAACCCUCUGCCUCUGGCCCCGUGGGUGAAGUCCAGCACGCUGCCGUUGUCAUCGUCGUCGUCGCGUUGUGUCGUGUCGUCGUCGUUGUCGUCCGCUACUAUGUACACGCAUUGACAGCGCACCACGCCGUCAAUAAGUAGUAAGUAUGUACGCGCUGCAGAUGCAGACUGCCUGCCAAGGCGAAGGUACUGGUGAGCCUGAUGACCCCAGCAGCCUUCAUCAGGAACCAGCACGACCUGCAACACAGGACUGUAGUUCCUUUGACAUCGUCAGAGCCACGCAGUAUGGUGCAUUGGAUCGAGUGACUGAAUUGGUGGAAGCCGGCGCCGAUGUGAACCAGCCGGAUUCCGAGACUGUGACACUGUUGCACUGGGCUGCGAUAAAUAAUCGCAAGGACAUCGUUAAAUAUCUCAUUGCGAAGGGAGCUGUUGUCGAUGCGAUCGGUGGCGAAUUAGCUUCUACACCUUUGCAUUGGGCAACAAGGCAGGGUCAUCUUUCCACGGUUGUGAUAUUGAUGAGAGCCGGUGCUGAUCCAACUCUGAGGGACUCGGAAGGUUUCUCAUGUAUACACCUCGCGGCACAGUUCGGCCAUACGGCCAUCGUAGCCUACUUAGUAGCGAAAGGCGUGAAUCCGAAUAUGCCGGAUAGAAGUGCCAUGACACCGCUUAUGUGGAGCGCUUACAAAGUCAAUAGUCUUUCUUUUUACAGUCUAGAUCCAACGCGACUGUUGUUGACUUUAGGUGCGUCGCAUUCGCUCACCGACAACUUGCACGGUAAUACGGCUUUACACUGGGCUAUCAUAGCGAAAAACAACACGGCGAUAUCUAUCUUAGUGCAACAUGGAGCAUCGUUGGACUUGCCCAAUUUCCAAAACGAAACGCCGAUGACGCUGCUGGGUCCGCACAUCGGUGCCGCAUGGUUGGGUUACAAAAUCAGUCAGGAGAUCAAAGAAAAGCAAGGUCGUACAAGAACAUGGUGUAGAGAUAAGAGAAUCCGUUGGUACUGCAUGGUCAGUACACCAUUUAUAGCGUUUUAUGUGAUCGGUAUGGUACUACAGAGUGGAUGGGAUUAUUUAAUAAAACUAGGUGCCUUCAUCACCCUUUACGUAGCGGUGUAUCUAAUGAACCAUUUCGUGUUCGACGAGCGGCUGUUUCACAUUCUACCAAUGUCGAUUUAUUUGGCAACUAAGAUGUGGAUAUACGUCACGUGGAUAUUCUGGCUGGGAAUCCAUGCAGCUUGGUAUUUAUGGUUAUUAUUAGUUGGCGGAUCCGUUCCACUCUGGAUAUGUUUCUUGCAGUCUUGGCGGGGUGAUCCCGGAGUUAUCACGGCUACACAUGAAGACAAAUUAAAUACGAUUAUCGAGUUAGCAGAGACUGGUGGUUUCGAACCACAAUGGUUCUGCAGCAGUUGUUUAGUCAGGCGACCUAUGAGAUCUAAACAUUGCUCCACAUGUGACUGUUGUGUAGCACGAUUCGAUCAUCAUUGUCCGUGGGUUAAUAAUUGUAUCGGUGCGCAUAAUCACAAAUAUUUCCUUGGAUUCCUGGCAUCUUUGCUAGGAUUGUGUAUCGUUAUUUUAUCCGCUAGUGUACAGUAUUGGCAGUUCGAGUGUUGGUCAAACUUGACGAAUGGGCAUAGCGCGGACAACUAUUUGGUAGCAGCGGCUACGUGCGACGCGUGGGUAAUGUGGGUGGUGGCUAACACGUCUCUCCAUUCCUUUUGGGUAGGAACUUUAUUAGCGUGCCAAUGCUAUCAGAUUAUGGUAUUGGGUAUGACUACGAACGAACGUAUGAACGCCGGCCGUUACAAACACUUCAAACAAGGAAACCCGUUCCAUCGUGGCGCGCUGCAAAAUGCCGCUGACUUUUGUAACUUCAGUUUCUGUGGUGUGAAAGCAAAACCAAGCUCGGACUGGCUGCACAGCUUUGAUCUCAAACAGAGUAUCGAAAAGUUACCUUUGCUCGCGCAAAAAGAUAACUUUCAGUAUGUUUAGAGUUUUGUAAAGAAUAAACUAUCGUGAAUAUA